UACAAUAUUGAAGAGCAAAUGUUUUAGAAGCCAGUAGUGAGCCAUAGCUUUGCUUCAGUUAAAUGACAGUUAACCUCACUUUUGACAGUUGUUCCAAGACAAAGAUUCCACAGUUUCCCAGAUAAUGGAUACCAGUAAAAGUAAUUCGGAUCAAGAUUGUUUCAGUGACGGAGAGAGAACUAUUAAAGUUGAUGGAACCGAUUCUGAUUGUAGUUCCAGAGGGAGAUCAUCUCCUGCGAAACGAAAAUGUCUUUCUAAAAGAAGAGCUACGGGAGAAGAAAGUCUAAGUGAGGAAGAUUUACAACUUUUGCGAUUGAAAGUGAACGGUCGCGAACGAAGAAGAAUGCAUGAUUUAAACACGGCUUUAGACGGACUCAGGGAAGUGAUGCCUUAUGCUAAUGGACCUUCAGUGAGAAAACUUUCAAAAAUUGCCACUUUACUGUUAGCGAAGAACUAUAUUCUAAUGUUGAGUAGUUCGUUAGAGGAAAUGAAAAAGCUUGUUAGUGAUGUGUACGCUCAUCAUCCAACACGUGCGAACACUCCAGUGACACACGUUCAACAUCAUCCACAUGCUCAAUUACCAGUGGUCGCUGGGUUACCGACGUUGUCUCAUGCCAUCACCAGUGCUAAUGGACUAACUCCUCAUGAUAUAUCUGCUAUGUCUCCUGUUUCCUCCAAGGACUCACCAACAACCUCACCAUCUCCCGUACAUUAUGACAGAAACCACAUGUUAACUAGAUGGCCUGCACCAUGUGCCUGCAGUCAGUGCAACGGUUCAACAAUACGACCUACCUAUGCACCUCAUUAUCCACACAAAUUUCCUCAUCUACAUCCGAUGCCAAGUCAUGCCUUAAUACGAAAAUGAACUGUUUUUCCAUCUGUUAAUGUUCAAGAGUGGUAAAAGACUCUCUAAUAACUCUAUGUGAAUUGUUACAGUCCCCGUUGAUUUUUCAAUUGUUCACAAACUAAAAACGAAUAUAACUUUGUUUAUUAAAGUGACUAUUAAUGUGUGGAAUAAGAACACAAACUAUUUAUAAUUUUUUUAACUGGAUAAAGUGAAAGAGGUAGCUAGAAUUGUUUGCUAUUAUUGUUAAUUAUCUGGAGAAAAAAAAAAUCCAAACAAAUAU